AUGCCGCUUAAACAUUUGCCCAUCCAACCCAGCAUCGUAUCGAUCGCUCCAAGUCCGCAUCCGGGCUCUACACGCGAGGGACGCAAGCCCGGUGGCCACGGACUCGUGAUCCGCACUUCGCGGCAGUGGGUACUGCCCCCACGUCCCAAACCAGGUCGCAAACCGUGUCUUAGCGCCCUUUCAGGCCGCCAUGCUGCGUCUGGCGACGCCGGGAAACCGGUCAAGCCGCAGCAAACAACCCAGCACACGACUCAACAAACGAAUCAGCACUCUCAACCAUCUCAACAGCGCACUUCUGCUUCGGUGAUACCGGAGAAACAAUCUGCACCCCGUAAAACGACAGCAGCAGCAACAGCAGCAGCAGUAGCACCUGUAGCUGCUGCUGGCGAUGAGCGCUCCAUGAAAUUGGAAAAAGAUCAUAUCGCAGCAGCACCAUCGCCAACAGAAACGAUCACUGCAACGCCCAGCGUCGUUGAAGCACCUGUUUCUGCCUCUGCCUCUGCCUCUGCUGCUGCUUCUAUUGCUGUUACGGCGACCAAAAAUUUCCCGGUUUCUGCCCCCCAGGAAUCUUCCUCUGCCGUAGCACCAGUCCCGGAAGUGUCUGUUUCUUUGCAACAGAUGGUUCCCGAGGACAAAGCUGUGUUUCGCCGAACAUCGUCGUCAGCGCCCUCAGUAGCUCCCACGACUGUCAAAACGACAACAAACCCAGUACAACCGCUUUCAUCAGCCACUUGCGCGCCGACUCUUAAAAAACUCACCAAAACUGCAUUGAAGAAGGAAAUUCAACACUUGAAGCUUGAAAACUUCAAACUCAAACAAGAAAUGGGACAUUUAGUGGGUAGUCUGCAGGAUUUGAAACAAAAAUUCUCGCUUUUCAACAAUGCGUCUUCUGCUGUCGCUCCCACCAGUUUGCAUCUGAGUUCCACCAAGAAGAGGCCUUUUCUGGACUCAAUGGAACAAAAAACCUGUUCCGAUAAUACCGAUAGUUUCUUGAAAUUCGAGGAUGAUAACGCCGAAGAUGAAGAUGCUUCAAACGCAAUUAUAUCUUCCGCACACAUGAGGCCAACCAUGUCUUUCUCAUCUCAAUACAGUUCCAGGACCACUCUUACCGAUGAUGAAGACCCCGGGUUCUCCUCAUCUACUCCCAGCUCACUGUUUUCUGCUGAGUUGCAAAGAUCAGUCACUAACAGCAGCCAUGUGAGCUCCCAACCGUACCACCACCACCUCCAAUCCCUUCAAAACUCUAGCGGGACUCCUAGCUAUUCCCCGCUUCAUCACGGUAGCAGCAGUCCAUCUAGCAUGAUAUCUACGAAAGCAACGCUUUCAUCUCUCAACAGCAUCAAGUUCGUGGACGAUUACGAGCACCAAGACUUCUACAGUAAACAUCGUCAAAUGUUCGACAACGGCAUAGCUCCAAAUCUACCCAGCAAUUCAAUUGUCUCGCCAUCUACCUCUAAUCAACCGGGAGACUUUCAUCUCGAUGCCAUCAAGGAAGAAGAUAUGGAUUUUAGACUUGAACAUGAUUUUGGCAAUGAAGACGUGAGCAUUCUCAAUUUUCUAGAAAAUCACAGCUCCAGGUUUGACAACACAACAGCUACCACUGCAGUGACAAACACAAUUCCAAGAUGGUUGGUGAAAGAUGAAGAAGCGCUCGGGUCUGAUAUGGAUGGUUUUCAAAGUUACAGUACAGAGCCGGAGUUGCCAAAGCAAGAAUUUCGCAUGCCUCCCUCACUAGAAGAAUUGAUAGGGGAGGAGAAUUCGGUCCGUUCAGAAAUCGAAAUCAAAAGAGAGGAUGACGAGGACGAUGACUUGUCUAGAAUGAACAUUUUUGAUUUUGCCUAA